CAGGAAAAUUUAAUGAAUCCAAUGUUGGGGGCAUCCUUCAGUGGCUUGGCAGAAACUGUAAAAAUGGCUUAGAGUAAUAAGGCAUCCUCAAGCAACCAUCUUAUAUUUCCUCACUCCCUCCCACCCUCUCUCUCUCUCUCUCUAUGAUGGCUUUCCCAAACCACAUGGAGAUUACGAUCCCAAGAGAGAAUGCAGAGCAAAACCAUGGUAACAUUAGGGUUGUCCCUGAAGUAGAAGCAUUUGACUUGUCACUUAGGGCACAAUGGCUGCAAGCUGCUGUGCUAGGAGCCAACGACGGGUUUGUAUCCGUUGCAUCACUGAUGAUGGGGGUUGGAGUUGUUAAAGACGAAGUUAGGGUUGUGAUCCUCACUUUCUUGGCUGGAAUUUUUGCUAGUGCUUGCAGUAUGGCGAUAGGGGAACUAGUCUAUGCCUCCUCUCAGUUGGAAGUAGUGAUAGCUCAGAUGAAGAGAGAUGGUUCAGCCAAUCCCUUUCAACCUGCUCUCCAAUCAUGCUUCGCCUUUUCAGUGGGCGCUUUCGCCCCAAUUCUUGUGGCUGCUUAUAUAACUGAAUAUAGUGUUAGGCUAGCUGUGGUCAUGGUGGGUGCCACCACUGUGGGCUUGCUGGCGACUGGCUGCCUUGGGACGGCGCUAAGCCGCAGUCAGGUGGGCUCUUCUUGUGUUAGGGUGCUGGUGGGAGGCUGGAUGGCUAUGGCAAUUGCUGUUUGUUUCUCUAAAUUACUUGCUGCUAGCGGUAUGGAAAUGUGAUGUCAUUGAAAAUUUGUCGUACCAAUUUACUCGUUGACAGAGUUAUUUAGGAAUUUAUAAUAAUUUCAACGCAAUAAAACGAACUAUUAACUUGCAA